AUGGUGAACUUUGGCUGGUCUAUUGGUAUCACGGUUACCGUCUCAACAUUUGUUGCACAACUUCCUUAUAUUUUCAAUACAGUUCAGUCGGCCUCGUUACGAUGGACAUCCAUCAUUGGGGGCCACAUUGGAUAUGCCUUUGGUUAUUGGUUCAACGGAUUCCGCUAUCAUCAACCAUGGCGUACAGCAAGUGGUUUUGAUAUUGAAUACUUUCAGCCUACGUGGAUUGCACGAGAUGGCGUCCCUGCUAUCUUCUACACUCAGGUGGCUGUUGUCGUUGCCGUUUUAAUUCUUACUAUUACUCCUGUUAUUGUCAUUGGGGUCGGAAAGCCAAGGUCUCUGUUGCCCACGCAGGACCAGUUUGAGAUCUUGGCUCAUGUUAUACGGCCUUUUUGUGACAACCGCCAUUGUAAUUGUCAUUGA